GUGUUUCAAACGGAUCGUGCUCCCUAUAAUUCGAGUAUUAUCGAUUCAUCGGCAACCACUGGUUAAUUAAUGGUUGGCUUAUUCGGAGUAAAAGUGAAGUGAAAGCUGCGGAAGUGAUUAUUCCAAAGUGCAAAUAAACUAUUAAGCGAUCAGCUCCCGAGCUACGCAGAACAAACAAUUCAGUGCUUCAGUGCAUCGAUCAACCAUGCCUCGACCGUCACGUGAAUCCUACGGGGAUCAGAAACCCCCGUACUCGUACAUCUCGUUGACCGCCAUGGCCAUCUGGAGUUCACCGGAGAAGAUGCUGUGCCUCAACGACAUCUACAAGUACAUCACAGAUCGGUUUACGUACUACCGAAACAAUACUCAACGCUGGCAGAACUCCCUGCGGCACAACCUCAGCUUCAACGAUUGCUUCAUCAAGGUCCCCCGGCGUCCGGAUCGACCUGGCAAGGGUGCGUACUGGACGCUGCAUCCGAAGGCUUUCGACAUGUUCCAGAAUGGUAGUCUGCUCCGACGGCGCAAGCGCUUCAAGCUGCAGGACGGCGACAAGGAAAGCCUCAACGAAGAAUUCAUCGCUCUGGCCAACAUGAACCGAUUUUUCAUGUCACAGGGAGCCUACUACCACGACCCUCACUACGCACCCAUGCCGGAGAAUAUCAACCCAAACAUGCUCUACACACCCAUCUCGCCACCUCACUCACCACCGGAAGCACUCCGAGCAACCAGCCAGUCUCCGGAACAACCCCAACCCGCAGCCCUUGGAGGAUUCCAGAACCUGCCCAACGCCGUCACCUCCUCUCCAGUUACCAAACCAAAGCGAUUGUUCACCAUCGAAAGUCUGAUCGGUUCCGAUGAUUCCGACAGCAAGGAGGAAUGCUCUUCAUCCGACUCGGAAGACUAUUCCAGCUCACCGCCCAACGUCGUCGCUCCGGAUCCUCAGCAUCUGGAGCAGCUGCGCGCAUCCCUACACCUCAGCCAGCACAUCCAAGCCCAGCAGCAAGCGGCAUUCAACGAGUACGCUGCCGCUGCAGCAGCCGCGGCCGCCCAUCACCAUCACCAGCAGCAGGUGGCAGCCGCCGCGGCCAUUGCCGCCUCCAAUGGGGUGUCUCCGUACGGGAUGCAUCCGCUUCUGAUGCCGAUGGGCAAGUUACCACCCGGAUCCUACUUCCUGCCGCCGGGUUAUCAAACGCCGUCGGCACCGCAUCACCACCACCAUCAUCAUCAUCUGGUAUCGUCGGGUGGAAUGCAACAGCCGACGGAAGUGCACAUGCUCGAUCCGCACAAGGAUUCCGCCAUGGUGUUGGGUUAGAUCGCCCUAUUUUGGAGCUUUAGAGAGUUGAUUUAUGUAAGUAGAAGAUUAUUUAUUACUGUCCAUUUGAGUUUAUUUUUCUGCAAUAUAUUUUGAUAUGAAGAGAGAGGGAGAGAGAGAGAUAAAUCAUUGACCUCGGAGGAAGUUGUUAGAUUAUUAUUCUAAUAUUUAUCGGUACAGUUGCGUUUUCGUUCCCCGUUUUUUGUCGGCAGAGUUAGGGAAAAUAAGUGCGGAAUCGAAGUUCGAAUCAUUGUGAUGUCCUUAGUUAAGUAGACGCCAGCGCAAUACCUGUUCCCUCGAUUAAUAUAGUAGGUUUAAGUUGCAACGCAAAAGGACUGAUAUGUUAUGUUUAAGUGUGAAACAGAAUAAAAAGGAUUUAUUUGGAACCAA